AUGUUCGAAAACUCUGAGACUCUUAAGCCUCCUAAAGGUCACUUUUACUUAGCAGGGAGGCUGUUCCCUCGGGUAAAAUGGUGGAAAUCCCCUAAGAUGCGAGUACUGUACUUUUACAUAUUUGUUCUGAUCAUAACUAACACGGCGAAUGGGUUUGACAACUCGAUGAUGAAUGGUCUUCAAACAUUGUCCUACUGGCAGGACUAUUUCGACCACCCCAAAGGUCCCACACUCGGCUUGUUUAACUGUGUCAUGAGUGUGGGUGCACUGGCUGGGUUAGUGAUUUUGCCAUAUAUGCUUGAUCGUCUUGGCCGGAGGAUUUGUUUAGUGUUUGGGUCUUUCUUUAUGUUGCUAGGUGUCGCACUACAGUCCGGCUCCAUCAAUUUCUCCAUGUUCGUUGGAGCUCGAUUUAUCCUCGGGUUUGGUGAUAUAAUUGUGAUUUGCACUGCGCCUCUCCUUAUCACUGAGAUCGCCCCCGCGCAGGACAGAGCUAUUCUGGUCACUAUAGCGGGUGCCACGUACCACUCGGGCGCGUUCAUCGCAGCGUGGACAACAUAUGGAACACUGAAGAUCCAAAGCGAAUGGUCAUGGAGAACCCCAAGCCUGAUUCAAGGCGUAUUUACAUUGAUUAUGCUGGCAGUUGUGUGGUGGAUUCCGGAGAGCCCGCGCUACUAUGUCUCUAAAGAGCAGCCAGAAAAGGCCAUGAAGAUCCUCGCGUACUAUCAUGCUGAUGGAAACGAGAACGAUGAGGUAGUUCAAUUAGAGUUUACGGAAAUCACAACUGCCAUCGCGAUGGAGAAAAAUGCGGAGCAUUCGGGAUCUUACAUGGACUUCCUGAGAACUCCUGGGAACCGAAAGCGACUGCUCAUUAUUAUAACCUUUGGCUUGUUUGCUCAAUGGUCAGGUAAUGGUCUGGUGUCCUAUUAUCUGAAUCUCAUUAUGGACAGCAUUGGAAUCAAAGAUGCGAACCGACAAUUAUUGAUCAAUGGAGCGUUAACCUCUUUCAACCUUGCCACAAACCUAUUUUUCAGCUUCUUCGUUGACAAAUGGGGGAGGCGACCCAUUAUGCUCGUGAGCUCGGCUGGCAUGAUGGUUGCCUUUGUCGUGUGGACAGCGCUGUCGGCGAAAUAUGAUGCGGAUGCAAGCUCGGCGCUUGGAUCUGGAGUCUUAGGGAUGAUUUUCAUAUAUUAUCUCUUCUACAACCUGAAGUCCGGAUUGAUUGCGAGCUAUACUACCGAGAUUCUCCCUUAUUCGAUGCGUGCCAAAGGAUACACUAUUAUGGAGUUUGCCAUGUACAUCGCGCUGUUUUUCAACCAAUAUGUCAACCCGAUUGCCCUGGAAAACAUUCAUUGGCGCUACUAUAUCUUUUACUGCUGCUUCUUGUUUGUGGAAGUCAUAGUGAUCUGGUUCUUUUACCCCGAGACGCGCUACUUACCACUUGAAGAGAUUACGAAGAUAUUUGACGGAGAUGAUAUUGCAACCGCUGCGAACCUGGAGAUGGAAAAGAUUGAAGAAUAUGGAAAAGGCAUGACAAGGGCUGUUCAUAUUGAAGAUGCAAGUGCUUGA